ACCUCUCAAAAACAUCAUUCUCUUCUUCCAUUCCAACGUUAAAUCCCUCCUAAUUCUUGUUCUUCUUUCUUUCACUCCAAACAUUCUCUCCAUUUCUCAAUCGCAAUCUCAAUAACAACGCAAUACCGAGUUAUUCAUUCAAGCCUCGUAUCAAAGUAAAACAUACACAGAGAUAAUCAAUGGAGAACAGGGUUGAAACGUCCGUUGAUAGUCCAAGCGUACCUGAGAAAAUAGUUUCCAAGCCAAACACACCAACCCCAGUUCUUGGCCAAACAGAUCAAAAUACUCACUCUCCGAGUUCUGGGAUUGAUUUGCGCAAGCCUACCACCCCAGAUCGUCUUAACGUCCCCAAGGCAUUUAAGUACCCAGAAAGGUAUAGAAGCCCAACUGAUUCGAUGAUGUCCCCUGUAACGAAAAACCUUCUUGCUAGAACCAGAAAGGGAGCAUCACUUUUGCCACCAAGUAAAAGUCAACAUAAGAUUCAGGAUUUGCGUCUUCAAGAUGUGGGUCUUCUGCAGUGAUUCAAGAUUUGAAGAGACUCUAUUCUUUAGCCGUUAUUGUACUUUUCAAUGGGUGUUUGUUAUAUUUGAUUUUGGGCAGAGGAUCCUUCAUGUAAUUUAAAUAUAUCUUCUAUUUAUCAAUAGGAUUGCUCGGCAUGUCCCUAUGCU